AUGCUCGAAAUCGCAAAUCGUAAACCAGAUGAACUUGGUGUUGGAGGAAUGUGGUGCGAUGGGGCCGCAACCCCGCUUCAGACAGCCAGUAGGUCAGUAGGGCGCUGGGAAGAUAUCACUUCAAUCCCAUACAUGACGGCUAGUUUCAACUUCAGCCAACGUAAGUGGUGGGUUUCAAACAGCCCUGCUAUGGGCUGCAUUAACCACCGACCGCCUGAUGGCCAAAUCCCCAUGUGCGCAACCGAUACGUGGUUGGAGCACUGUUGGACAGAAGCAAGCCAGCGAGAUAUCCAUCCUCUGCUUGAGGCCGCUCUCCUCCACUACGGUACCACAGACUCUUCACCAAGCAUGGGUUGUAUCUCCAGAACACUAUCGCAGCGGCGGGUGAGCGAGCCUGUUCUGAAGGAUCAUCACGGCACUGACGCGUCGCGACACGACCACGAUCACGGCAAGCUCGUUUAUCACUCUUUUUGCGUGUACCUCCCUGAGCCCAGCGACUUGGCUGCCUCGGGUUGUCAAGUCACCACUUCCCGUGGAGGAGGAGCUGGGGCAUAUAACAAGCAGCAUUCACAAAUGGGCUUCAGCUCUCGUCUGCUACACCGUCAGCACGUCCUCACGGACCGCACGGGACGCAAAUCUUGGUACCGCAUUUGCGAUGCAGUCCGAACUGCUUAUGGUUUUGGCUGUUUACUCUUCAACUCGCCUUUGCAUCAUCGACCUGCUCUUCCACCGAGUGUUUCACUCAUAAGAGGACAGCAAGCCAUUUGCAGAUGUCUGCUGUCACUGUCGGAAGCUGCGAUCUUAUAUCUUUGA